AUGUUUUCCACCGCGAGACGGCGCUGCCUGCAAGGCGCAAGCGCGACCCUCAAAUCCUCCUCCUCGAACCAGUCACCCGCUCCGGCCGCCAUCCACUCCCCAUCCUCCGCUCACCGCGCUUUCAGCACUUCGAACGUGCACCAGUCGAAGAUUGGUCGCGCGCCAUUGUCAUUACCUUCGGAAGUCCAAUUCGAAGUCAUUCCGGCAGUCAAGACAAGGGGCGGCAGGGUCUCCACCCGAAAUGAGCAGGGUGCAACUGUCCGUGUGAAGGGGCCGCUGGGGGAGAUGUCAUACACCGUCCCGCCGUUUGUGGAAAUUGUGCGCGAGACGCCCGAUGCGCAGCCUAUAGUGAAGGUUUUGAAUGCGGAGGAGAAAAAGCAGCGUGAGAUGUGGGGCACGGUCCGCGUAUACCUUCAAAAUCACAUUCUCGGCGUGUCGGAAGGCCACACUGCAAUUCUGCGCCUUGUUGGCGUUGGUUACCGUGCCACAAUCGAGAAGUCUGCGACGACUGUGGAGUCUGAGUACGAGGGCCAACAAUUCGUCAACCUAAAGGUUGGCUUCUCACAUCCAGUCGAGCUGGGGAUUCCGAAGGGCGUGAAGGCAAGCACACCACAGCCAACCCGUUUGUUACUGGAGGGUGCAGACAAAGUGGCUGUGAUGUCUUUCGCAGCUAAAAUCAGGGCAUGGAGGGUGCCUGAGCCGUACAAGGGCAAGGGCAUAUUCGUCAAUGACGAAGAAAUUAAGCUCAAGUCGAAGAAGAUCAAAUAG